AUGGCGGGCCGGGUCCGCAUCCGCGUCCAGCGGGCGAGGAACUUGUACGAUGCGCAGAUCUUCAGCAAGCAGGAUGCGCGCGUUGCGCUGACGCUCGGACCCACGACGCUGCAAACGCAGGUGCACGUGGCCGGCGGCACCAACCCGACGUGGGACGAGGUGCUCGAGUUUGACGAUGUCGGUGACGAGCUGAGUGUUCUCGUCGAGCGCCCGAAGGAGCCCAAGAACGAUCUGCUGGGCAGCUGUACGCUCAGCGUCGCCGAGUGGCGCGCGGACGCGGCCAACGGCAAGAACCCGAUCGAGAAGGCGUACCCCUCAACCACGGACCCAAGCGCCGGGGCGAGCUCUUCCUCUCGACGGUUGUCGAGCCUUUGGUCACCGAAGCACCGUCGGUCACGGACACCUCGUCUGCUCCUGCUGCAGUCGAGGUCCUAG